GGUAUGGCGGAGCUCCGGCAUCGCGCGCACAAGAAGGUAAUCUCUGAUCAGCAGCGGCGCCGUGAUGUGGCGCUCGAUCGGCAGAAGCAGCAGCGCCGCGAUCUCCAGCUGCAUUUCCGGCAGCUCGCGACGGCAUUGGAAGGUCAGCGCGUUGUGGAGGAGGAGGAGGAGCACGAAUGGGGUCUCGCAGAGGGGACGAGAUUACAGGGGAAAGACGCCAGGAAAUGGUUCUCUGGGCAAUUCAUGCUUCCGGAGUGGCUGAUUGACAUACCCCUAGGCCUCCAAAGUGACUGGUAUGUCAUGGCUAGACCAGCAGGAAAGCGGUGUAUCGUCGUGUCCUCUAGAGGGACUACAGUUAGCAGGCUUCGCAAUGGACGAGUCUUACACUCUUUUCCUUCGGCUCUGCCAAGUGGCGCUAAAGUUUCGAGUGGUCCCAUUCAAGGAAGUUCUUCGUUUACAAUUCUGGACUGCAUUUUCCAUGAGGCCGAUGAAACGUACUAUGUUCUCGACAUCAUGUGUUGGCGUGGGUAUUCGCUGUACGACUGUAACACGGAAUUCAGACUCUUCUGGAGAGAUUCCAAAAUCGUAGAGACGGACGCGCUCAAGCCGCCUUCAACUCAUCACCGUUAUCGCUUCAGCUUGCUUCCUGUUUACGAAUGUAACGCAAAAGGUUUGGACGCUGCCUACAGGGAAGAACAGACAUUCUUAAGAGAUGGAAUUCUUUUUUAUAACAGGCAUGCGCAUUACACAGUGGGAUACACACCGUUAGCGUUGCUUUGGAAGGAUUCUCAGUGCAGCCAAUAUUUGCUAGACACUGAUGCCAAAGGCGAGGUUCCAUCCCUUCAACAGGUAGUCCUCGAACUCAAAUCUGAUGGCACUGUUGGUACGAGUGAUGAUCCUUCUGUCAUACUGGGGACCAUGCCAAGACAAGUCCUUGAGCAGAAUCCUACAUUUCUGAAACCGGGGACAUUACUUCGCUUUGCAAUUGGAACGGACGGCUUGAAAAUUGUCGACGGGAAACCAUUUGCAGCAGACAUUCAUUACCAAGGACCUGCGAAUAAAUAUCGCCCCUGUGCUGAUAGCUGCACCAAGAUUCUUUUCCAGUAUGCUGCUCGGCACUCACCGAUCAACAUAUCGGACAUAGUGGCAGCUAUAGAAAACCAGGACGUGGAGAUGCAAUGACGUCGUCAAAAUAGGCUUCUCGGAGACUGCUCGUUUGUAUUGCUGUCCGGAGAUUGUCAAGUUCGUUGAAAUGAGCUUUAUGUUUAUCAGGUAUUUUUGAUGUUUAGGUGGCCUGAUGCUAAAUUUGAGCGCUUUAGAUCAGAUCAAAGCCAAGAAAAGCAAGCGAUCAUUCAAAGUCCUAAAAAGAAAUGGUUGUAUAGCUUGACUUGAGCAGUGCCCGGAAUCUUAUCCCGAUCCAACGGUGGGCAAGACGACCAUAUCCACAAUCUUUUCCUUUCCACGGCUUUGGAUCCACGUGGCAGCAAGGCUGGUUCUUGUGGCCGGCAUUCCACUCGAGGGGAUUUCCGCACGUGACAUGGCUGAUAUUUUGGCUCUCGUUUUUCCAUCCAGAAUAAUCACGACCCAUUUGCUGUGGCAAGUAAAUGCCAUGUCAGCAAUAUCGGUCAUGAACCCCAGUCGUUUUUUAGAUUUCCUGCUACUUUAUUUUAUUUGCCGUGCCACAAUGCAUGGCUGGCGGGCUGCCACGUUGCGUUGCUUUAUCUUUUA